CACGGCCCGCCCACUGUGGCCCGCCCAUUGUUUACAGUGUUGGAAAUUCCCAUGUUACAACAGCAAACACACUUCCGCAAUCAGUUUGAGUAAAGGCGAAACUCCGUAAAGACGCAGAAAAGUUGUCGGACUGGGCAUUGUGAUGAGUGAAGGUGACUGAAAAAGUUCCAUGGAUGGCAGGGGGCCCUAUCGCAUUUAUGACCCUGGUGGGAGUGAACAGCAGAUAAAAGAUGAGACAGGCAACAUUUCCUAUCAAGAGCUAAUGGAGGAGAAUGCUGCAUUAAGGGAAAGAAUGAAGGGACUCAAAGUCUUGGGAGAUCUCCUGGAAGAAUCCCAGACAGAGGCCUCAAAACUCCGUCAAAGAGUGGAAGAACUUGUGAAAGACAAUGAAGUUCUCAGGUCUUCCAAUAGUUUCAUGUCAUUAUCUCCAGGAACCCAUAUUCCACUACCUGGCAAAAUUCAAGAUGAAGUAAAGCAUGAAGAUAUAAUCUCAAAAGUACAUAAGACAGAAGCUGAAAAUCAUCCACCAGCAACUAAAACCACGACCCCAUCCAGUGGGGGAUCUUCAGAAUUUGAAGUUGCUAACCUUAAUGAAGGACCAAAAUCUAAUAUGGUAUUACAGACAUCUGCAGAGAGUCAAAGUCUUUCCUUUCAGCUUCAGGAACUAGAAGGAUCCCUUAAUACAUUUGCUGAAGAAGCCAACAAAAACCAACUCUUCAUGCAUCUAGGACGAAUGGCACUUGAGCUUAACCGAUUAUCUUCCAAGGUGCAGAAAAAUGAGCAAAAAACUACAAUUCUUCAGACCCUUUGUGAACAGCUGCGAAGAGAAAAUGAGGAUCUCCGUGAGAAAAUGAAUGAUGAUUUGAAAGUCAAAGUACAAGACUUUGAGAAUCUGAAACAAGAGAAUCAAGAGCUUAAAAAGAUAGUGAAAACCAAAGUAGAGAACAAAGAGGGACUGUUAUGUGGAUCUGGCACAGAGAAUCUGGUCAAGCAGGCAUCUGUGGGGACAAAGAUGGAGGUGGUCUCUGUACAGCAGUGUUUCAAGGAUAAAGCAGAUGUUAAAAGUCGCGACAUUGAUGUUUUUGAAAAGAAACUAAAGGCUCUGGAACAACAGAGAGGAGAGCUUGUGGAGGUGAAUAAACAGUGGGAUAAGUCUUUCAGGUCAAUGAAACAACAGUAUGAGCAAAAGAUUACUGAGCUAAGACAACGACUUGCAGAUUCACAGAAAGCUGUUGCUGAUCUUGAAGCAGAACGUGAACAAAGACAGCGGGAUUAUGAUCGUAAACUAUUGCUUGCCAAGUCUAAAAUUGAAAAUGAAGAGUCUGAGAAAGAAAAGUAUAUAACAGAGGUUACAGAGCUGAAACAAAAGAUUAAAUACAUGCAGGAUCAACUAAAUCCACUUACUAAGCAAUGGGAAUAUCAAGAGAAGGAGAUUCAACGCUUAAACAAGGCCCUAGAAGAAGCUUUGAACCUGCAAACUGCUACAGCUCCCCAGGCCACAGUUUUUAAUAAUCAUGGAGAUGGAGGAAUGAACUUAAGACGACAGGAGCUGCUUACACAGAUUUCUGUUCUAAAGGAACAGGUGAAAAUAUAUGAAGAGGACUUCCAGAAAGAGAGAAGUGACAGAGAACGCAUGAAUGAAGAAAAGGAAAAACUGAAGAAACAAGUUGAGCGACUACAGGGCCAAGUGUCUCUGUUGAACAACCAGCUGCUCCUGGCUCAGAGUGACUGUCAGAGAGAACGUAUGGAAAAAGGAAAGCUGGAGAGACUGCACAGACACCUUAAACAGGGUCAACAUGAGAGGGUCACAUCUGAUGCAGAUUCUGCGGCAACUGGUCCAGCUAUGGCACAUCCCUACCAAGGUGCUUUUGUAUAUCCCUUACAUCAUCCUGGUCACCAGGGAUUAGAGGAUUGGCCUAUACGUUACCCACCAAGAACAACAACUGCGGAUCAUGGUAGAGAUUUCCAUCAAUAUCAUUUGGACUUUGCCUGGCAACCUUUUCCUCAACCAAGAAGUCCGAAAAGUCCUGCAGAGGUAUCUAGCCCCACUGCAGACAAUCCAGACCCUGUAUCACCUGUUAUAGGAAAGUCUGAGCGUCAUAAGUGACUUUUUGUAAGCACUUUGCUAAGUAAUAAAAGUUUGAAAAGCUGUAUACUGUUUAAUUUUAAUAUUGUAAUUGUAAGUAUAUUUAGCUAAUCUUAGUAUAUUGCUUCUCAUUUGUAUUUCAUAAAAUAUACAAUUAUAGUAAACUAUUGUUAAUAUAUAGAUAUAAAAUAAUGUCCUUUUUUGUGUUGUCUAUUAUAUUUAAACUGUUGAAAAUAAACCAAGCCACAUAUAAUCUAUCAUGAAACAAAGAUUGGCUAAGUGUCACUGUAAUACACCUUCAUUCUGGAUCAUUCUUCAAAUCCUCUUUUACUUUAAAUGCACUUGUACAUGAAGAUAAUGAGCUAAGGGAAGGCACAAUACCAAAAUGUGUAACUUUGAUGUACAAUGAAAUAUAGGAGGACUGUUUUUGAAAACUCAUACAAACAUUUUUUUUUUAAUUAUUUUAUACAAAUGUUCCAAUGUUUAUCCUUCAUAUUAUUAUUUUGUAAGAAAAGUAGCAAUUGUAAUCACGCUAAAAAAAUGAGAACAUAUGUAAAAUGUAACCACCUGAAAGGUAGUUGUACUAUUAGGAUCCAAAUCCACUGUAUAAUCUUGGGACUUAUCAGCAAUUUUUAUGAAGGUAAUUUUCCAGUCAACAAAUGCAAUAAAUGAUAUUGUCCCUUUUUGUAAUGCAAGUCUGCUAGUCACUAGUAGAAAAAGGGAAAGAAGUUGGAGAGAGAAAGAGAUGGAGAGGGAGAUUAGCAGAGUGAAGAGGGAAAGCCAGAAUUAACAAAGUUUAUGAAACUGAAAGAGGGAAGAUUUAGCAGGUAUGGUGUAGAAAUUGCAAGUUUGGUAACCUUAUUCAUGUGACCAUGCUGUCCAAUCAUAUUUUAUUUUUGAUGGGUUAAUAUUUAAAGUUUGAUGUAUGUUUUAUUUUUAGUAUUUAUUUUUUUUAGAUUUUAAUUUUUUUGUUGUCAUUCCAGUACAUUGAAUGAACAUACUUCACAUUUUAAGCAUAACAAAAUCAGCAAAAUAAAUAAAAAAUCAGCCUGUCAAUGGCUGCUUUACCAAAAGCCUUUAUAAUACCAUUCAUUUCCCCAAAAAUGUACAGUAAGUAGAAUAAAGAUUUCAACUUGUUUGGUUAAUUCAGAGAUGAUUGUUUCCUUAAUAUGUGUGAUGCCAAUAUUCUCUGUGUUACGUCAAUAUUAGUGGUUAUUUACCAUAUUAAAGAUUAGUUUUUACAUUUUCUUAUGUUUCUUUUUUCCGUUCGAAUAUCCACUAAUCCAAUUUCAUUGACCAGUUAAAAUAUAAUUGUACAUGAAAGGCUUUAAAUUUGGUCAAAUGUAAAACAAAACAUUGCUACAUCUAGAACUUUUCUGUAUUAACCACACACUUGGUAUUUUGGCUUUAAUUGAAUACUACAUUUUCCUGUCAGGCUAGUUUUCAUUAAUCAAUGUUUACUCCCAGUGCAAUAUUAAUGUUUGUGAAGGCUUGUGACUGAUAUCUUCAGAUAUGGAGGUGCAUUUGAAAGUGCAUUUUGUGAAUAUGGGUGAGUUGCAAAAAUGUUUAUUUUAAAAGAACAGCAUUUCAAACAUGGCAUUCUAAGCUUAUUUGAUAAUGCAUUUUAUUCCUCUUACCUAAUAAUAUAAUAAACAUACUGCAAAAAUAAGAGUUUGUCUAUCGUCCUCUUAGAUUUUUUUCUUUUUCUAU